AUGGCACCUCAAUUCCCCUCAAUCGAGCAGUUCUUCGAAAAGCAAUCAUCUCAAAGCCCCAAAAAACGAGCCAGAUCCUCAUCUCCGUCCCAGGGCCGUGACGGGUUCACAGAAGCUGAAGUCGAUGCCGUCCUUCAUCCACCAGCCAACCAAACCUGGAGCCCGCCUAAUGAGUACGAAGAGAUCGAUAUCGCCGCACUGAUACCAGGACCGAAGUGCGUCACGUUCGUGGGACGCGUCGCAAACUUCUACGACCAAGGCACGCCAAGCAAGAAGCCGAGAGCAGCGAAAGGCUGCGUCAAAAUCAUUGUCAAGGACGAUACAGGCGCUUUGACGGUCCGGCUCUGGUACGCAAACAAGGACUACAACCUCCGCCUCGGCCACCUCGUCACAGUAUGGACUCCGCACAUCUCGCACAGCGACACAGGCCAGCUUGCGCCAUCGAGCGCGCCGCUCUUCGCGAGCAUCUUUCCGGAACGCGACCGGUCGUGCCACUUCAUGGUGCAUGAGAAUAGCGACGAAGGCGUGCAGUGCAAGACGCCGCUGGGAUACAAAGUAGGCCAACCAUUGGCCGGCCUGAUGACGCUGAAGAACUUCAUCGAAGGAGGGUAUGAGAUUACGGACGGCAAGAUUCUGGUUUGCGUGAAGAGCAUUGGGCCGAGGAAGAAGUUCACGACCAAAAAAGGCAUUCCUGCUGAGAACGUGAACAUCGGCGUCUUCGACGACACAGCGGAGGCCUCUCUGACUCUCUGGGGCUCCUCUGCCGCAUCAGCGGGCGCUUGGAAGGUAUCGCACACUAUCCUGCUGAUCACUGAGCCUGGGUGGAGAAUUGAUAAGAGGGCUUGGAUCUCACUGACGAGCAGCACGCAAGUGGAUGUUAAUCCGGCUAUACUGGACACGGAGUGGCUGAGGGGGUUUGCGCAGAGAUUGACGAGAAGAGAGCAUGUGAAUCCGCCGUUUCCUGAAGGAGUGUUUGAUACCGAGGCUGCGGAAGAGUCACAGGUCCGGAUACUGUACACGCUCGCAGACAUCGACGAGUUCGCUCGUACCGCACCAGGAGGCAAGUCUUCUUUCGGCCACCAGAAGUUCAUGGGCUACCUCAGCGUGAUCAUCAUGGAGCUGAACAUCACCUCCCUCCACCGCCGAAAUAUGCUCAUGUGCACCGAGUGCUGCGGCGUGCCUCUCUACGCCAACGCAACGUCCGCCAAGUGCAAACAGUGCGAUAAGGAGAUAAUUCUGCGUAUCAACCCGAGACUGCUCGGGCCCCUAAUCGAUGAAACCGGCACCACCAGCACUGGGAAGCUGAUCCUCUCAGCCGCGGCCUGGAAGCAGUUGCUGGGCCGCACAGCUCAGGAGCUCGUCGCUUCUGCCGCUGAUAUACUCAAGUAUCUAGAGCAGAGGCUGCUGUUCGUGCGUGUUACGCUGCUUUUCGGCUGGAUCGCUGAGGAGGGCGAGGGGGUGGGGAGGUUGUGCAUCUGGGGAGUAAGGAUGUGA